UUGUGACAAUACUGCGAGCUCUGUGUUGGUGAACACAUUACAUACACUUGUAAUGUGUGUGUAAGCCAAAAGCCAUUCCUAAAAUCUGAUUUUCACACAAUCUCGAGGACCACCUUAAAAGCGUUUGUCCCGCCCUGGAAGCUUUCUUUGGUCGUUCUGAUUGGCUGAGGGCUCGCUGAUGGAAGCGGCUGCAGAAAUGCAAAACUUGUUGCUGGCUCACACAGCGCCAAGCGGCAGAGCGGAGUGAGAGUGUAUCUGUGAAUCGCUCCAAAGUGCACUCAGACCACACCAGACCAGACUCGGUAAACGAAGGGACGCACACGUUCGGAGCGACACGCACCGAAAGGACUUUAGGCGAACGCGCUGCUCUCCGAGGCGCAUGACCGGCAGCGGGUGAAGGAUGCUGUCCAGCCGCUCCGUAGUUGUGGAGUGCGGGUAGUGCAUGCCGCGCUGCUCCGGGUCCAGGUCGCGUUUACGGACGCUCCGGUUCUCCGGUACCCGGGUUGGAGAUCCGUGUUUGUGGACUUUCAAUCACUCUGGACUUUUGGCUACGUGCCUGCUCGGCAGUUAAGCGUGAUUUUGAAUGACAUCAGUGGGCAGUAUUUAUUUAAAGAAAUAUUUUUUCCUCUAAGCUACAGGGGUAGUUUGAACUAUACGGCUCAAAUUGGACUUUUUUUUUCUUGUUUCCAGUAUGGGACCUUAUCCAAAAAGUCGCUCAGGGACUUUUUACAUUGGACUGGAAUAAAGAAUUAGAUGUCAUAAAUCGUCAUAUUACCUUUUCGAUCGCUCCACUUCGUUUAGUUUGUCAAGGAGAUGUUUUUGUGUCAUGUUCGCACCGAAGAAAUAAGCACAGAAAAACUUUGGAAUAUGGUAGGUCACUCAUGCAGCGAGUUAAAUAGCAGUGCUUUUUAUGCGUUUGAUUAAUCAACUACAAAAGGAAGAGCAGUCAAGUGCACGCAUAAAUACGGGAGCGGGGACACAGUUUACGUGCGUAUUUGGACGCAGUCUAUUCCCUCUCGUCCGCGUCCUUGGAGAAGUUGAAAAACAAAAACAAUUGAUUCACCAUAUUGAUAACUUAGUUGGUGAGUUUUAACAUUUAAAGAAUACAGCGCAGUUUGAUUAAUAGAGUAAUACAAACAUUUGAAACAUUUCUUGUAUAUCCUUUUUUACUUUUUACUUUUGGGGUCAGACGGUAAAAAACAGACAGUGUGCUGAUGUCUGGCAAACUAUCCGUCAUGUGGGAUUGAUUGCCGGGGAGUAUGUUUGGGCUGGAGCAGUUUGCUUCUCAGAUUAAUAGCAGAACUCCUGGCCAGUCAGAGAGAAACAUAAGCCAACCAAGACUGACCAUGGGCUCCCAUUAUAAAAGCCCUGGUUUUCACGCUGGAGGCCCGCCUGGAGCUGUGGAACCCGGCAUGGGACCCCUGAGUGAGUCGCAAAUGCUCGGGCUCAAUAUGAACAUGAACGGAGAGCAGUACGGGGGCUUUCACCCGCGGGGCCACUCGGACAUGCAUGCAGGUGGCGGACUUCAGCAGCAGCAGCAGCAAGGACCCAUGCAUGGAUUUUUUAACAACCAGCAACCUCAUCAAGGACAUCCUCACGGCCAUCAACCUCACCCCCACCAACCUCAUCCUCAUUUCAGUGGAAAUUUUGGAGGCCCAGAGCCAGGGUCGUCAUGCCUGCAUGGUGGCAGGCUAAUGGGCUACAACAACACUGGCAUGGGACCACAGCAGGGCUUUGGAGAAGGAUUUGAUCCUCUCGCUGAGGGACAGGCGGGGGAUGGCUUUCCCCAGCAGCAGCAGCAGCAGCAGCAGCAGCAGCGGCCCAACAUGCCUGACUUUCAACAUCACGGUCCUCCCAGUGCCAGCCAUGCUGUCCCUGCUCCCUGUCUACCCCUGGACCAGUCACCUAACAGAGCAGCAUCCUUCCAUGGUCUCCCAUCCUCCUCAUCCUCCUCCUCUGAGUCUCAUGGCCUAGAGUCUCGGCGGAUGCCCAACCAGGGAGCUGUAGAGGGAUUAGAGUAUAACUUCCCAAGUGAGCCUCCAUCUGGACAUUUUGAUGUAAAUGUAUUUUCCCCAUCAGAAUCAGAAUCUCAGUUACCCCAUUUUGGGCCAGGAAGGCCAGUUCCCACUGGUAAUUUCCCAGGGAACCCUGGCAUGCCACGGACACCAGGUAUGCCGGGCAUCUCUAAGGGACACCCGCUGCCGCCCCAGCCUCAGCCCCAGCCCCAGCCGCCUCAGCAUGGAGUGUUUUUUGAGCGUUUUGGAAAUGGCCGGAAAGUGCCCGUGGGAAUGGAGCCGGGGGUCAAUCCAAGACAUUCUCUCAUGCAGCAGCAACAACAGGCUGGCUUGAUAGCCAGACAAAAUUCAUGCCCCCCUGGCCUCCCCCGACCCCCUCAGGCUGAGCCCGGCUCUACUAAUCCUAACAUACUGGACGGAGGGGUCAUGAUGCCUGGCCAACACAACCAGUUUGAAUAUCCCAUACACAGACUGGAAAAUAGGGGUCUGCACCCCUAUGGGGACCCCGUGUUUAAUAUGCAACAGCCAGCUCCUCCUCCCUCCCAACAACCGCCAAAUCAGAGGCUGCAACACUUUGACUCUCCUUAUAUGAACAUGGCGAAAAGGCCUAGAUUUGACUUUCCUAAUGCACAUGGCGGUGAAGGCUGGUGUGGUGGAAUGGAUAACCACCUUUCUCCCUCUGCCUAUGCUGGCCUGCCGGGUGAGUUCACCCCACCUGUGAGUGAAGGUUUCCCACCAGGUCCCCUGCAGCAUCCAGGGCCUGAGCAGCAGUCUCUUCAGCAGCGGCAGAAUGCAGCCAUGAUGAUCAAACAAAUGGCCUCGCGCAACCAGCAGCAGAGGAUGAGGCAGCCCAGUCUGCAGCAGCUGGGUCACCACGGCGAUGUACCUCCUGGCCCAAUGACUCACGGAGGCCCAGUCGGGAACAUGCCUCAGCCCAACUUUGACAGGGAGAAUGCUGGCAGGAUGCCCAACAUUGAUGGACAAAAUCCUCAUGUAACUCAGGAGAACUCCUGGUUCCAAGGGUCCCACCCACCAGGGGAGAUGAUGUCACGGCGUAUGGGUGGAGCGGGUAAUGAAUCGGGGCCCCAUGACAUAGGGCUACAGCAAAAUGGAGCUGGAAUGAUUUUUAGGCCAGGCAUGGGCAUGCAGGAGCCUAUGAGAAUACCAGGAGAUGGGCAUGGACAGGCUCUCCAUUCUCCAGGCAUGCAUUCACAAUUCAGCGGUAACAUGGGCAACCUUUCACAAAUGCAGUCUCCAGGAGCAGGGACAGGCCAUCCAAAUGCCCCGGCAGAGAGGCGGCCAGCUGACUUCCCUGCACCUCCAAUGGGAGCACAGCCAACAUUUCCCUAUGGGGGGGCUAACCGUCAGGGGCCUGCCCACAGUGCUCCCCAGGGGGUGAACACCUCACCAGGGAGCUACCCUCCUCAGUCAGAGUUUCCCCCAGGCCAGCGGUCGUCAGUUAGUAAGCUUGGAGCUCUGUCUCUUGGGAACUUCAGCAAAACCAGUGCUAAAGACAGUGUUUUUGGCCAAAGCUGCCUGGCGGCCCUUUCAACGGCCUGCCAGAACAUGAUCGCUAGCCUUGGGGCCCCCAAUCUUAACGUAACAUUCAACAAGAAGAACCAAAAUGAGGGCAAGCGAAAACUGAGUCAGACAGAGCAGGACAUUAAUAGCAACACAUCUAAUGGGACUGGCAGUGCUGGACCUGAAUAUUUCCAGGGCAGCACUUCCCAGAACAGCCAGAUGCCUGGCACUGGGAAUAGCAACUCUAAGCCUGCAAGUCAAAGCCAGACGGUGCAGGGGGAAGCCAGUGCCCUCUCCCCAAAUUACAACAUGGACGCUACCCCAUGCAGUGAGGGGAAGGCAACAACAGGGAGUGGGAGAGGGAGAGGCCGGAGAAAAAGAGACAGUGGACAUGUGAGCCCUGGAAUUUUUUUUCCCCCUGAGAACGGUAACCCUGUUGUAAGUCCAGGCCAGCAGACCCCCUCUGCUGGUGUUGGGGAGAGGGGUGGGGGUACGCCCCAUGAGAAACACCUCCAAUCACCCUCUUGGGGAAAAGGAGGCGACCUAAUGUUGGGGGACCAGGCCGAUUUGAUGUCUUCCUUGGACAGUGGCAUUCAAAGUGUCGCCAAGUCUGACGGCAGCUCACCACGAGUGGACUUUCCUGACGAUGUCAGCACCCACUACGGCAACGAGGAUGAGGUGUCCUCCAGCUCAGAUGCAGGAGGCCCCUCUGCCGCCAAGCCUAAUCGCAGCCCUAUGAUCACCGGCUCCCCCAUAAUGCAGAGGAGUGACCAUGGGUUGAUGAAUGGACAGAAGCCUCUAGUCAUGGGCAUUAACAAUCAUACUACCUCAACACCAGACAGCUAUGGACUGAAUGCUGGGGGGGUCACAGGGGCCAGUGGGGUGAGCCACCCAGGCACUCCUGGGGUGGAGCAGGUACGCACCCCAUCCAGCACCUCUGGCCAGGAUGAAAUCCAUCCUCUGGAGAUUCUGCAGGCCCAGAUCCAGCUACAACGGCAGCAAUUCAGUAUCUCUGAGGACCAGCCCCUGGCCAUGAAAAAUGGCAAAAAGAAUGGUGACUGUCCCUCACAGAACGGAGACAAUGAGCUGGCAAGCUGCAGUCCUGAUGCUGGGAAGGGCUCAAUGGGCACUAUUGACCUUGACACCCUUAUGGCAGAGCAGCACGCCACCUGGUACGUGCCCAGUGACAAGGCCAUGAUGGACGGGUCAGAGGAUGACAAGGCCAUGGGACCAUGGGAAAAGAAUAAGGUCCAAAACAACAGCAAAGAAGAAUCAGAGCUGUCCCAGAGUAAGGCUGGAGCCGGUGGUGGCAGCGGAGGUGGUGGCGGAGGAGGGAACGGUGGAGGUAACCACCUGCAGUGCCUGUCCGUCCACUGCACAGACGAGAUGGGGGACAGUAAGGGCCGAGGGGGGCCCGUCUCGUCCUGGCGCUCUCUCCACUCUGAUAUCUCUAACCGAUUUGGGACAUUUGUGGCGGCACUGACUUGAACAAAAGGCAGGCCCAGCAGGAAGAAAGAACAUUAAGACGAAGAAAAGCUUCAAAGACAAUUAAUGUUGAUAACGACGACAACGAUGAUGACGACGAUGAUGAUGAUGAUAAUGAUAAAGUGUUGAUGAGGCAACUGCGAACAGCUCCUGCCUGUUCAAAAGACAUUCACGCUCAUAAAUGAAAACAACACCACAGACACUCACUCACUCUCUCUCUAAUUUCACACACACUCUUACACACACACACACGCACACAUGCGCACAUGCACACACGCACACACACAUACACACCUUGUUUCUUUCCUGAUACAUGCAGUCACCUUUUAGGACACUCUCCUGGACAAUACAGUGCGGGCUCCCCUACUCAACAAUGCCCACAUCUCGUAAACCUCAAAUCAAUAUUUUUUUUAUUUUUUAUUUCUAUUUGUUGAAGAAGAUAAAGAAAUGUCAAAAGGAGGAGACUACAAAACCAGAAGAAGCAGAAUAAGAUAUAUUCAGUUGUCAUUGGCUUUGAUUGUAUAACAGUUGAGUCUUGUGAUAUGACUCCCCAACACACACACACACACACAUUCACUGAAAUGAGGCCUAAUUAGAAGUGACCUGAACACUAGAAGCUAAACUAGAGGAAGAUUAAGAGGUGUGGUUUUGCAUGAACUCAACUCAUUUGUGAACACAACUUUCCCACUCUUUGUCAAAGAAAAUGUUAACUUUUAUCAUUUGCUGCUCUUAAUCAUUUAUAAUUUGUUGUGGUUUUCUAUUAUUUUUAUUGGCAAGAAUAACUUUCCUGUAUUCUUUGCUCUUCUUGUACUCACCUCUCCUAUCAACCUUAUAAGCUCAUCUUGCAUACAAUUUAGCCAAUGAGAACUGAAAAUGGAAGUCAAGGGAUUGUUUAAUAAGGGAAUUGAAAAAGAUACUAUUGGUAUUGCACAUGUAUAAUAAGAGAACAUUUGCUGUGUGUUAGGCAAUCUUGUAAUCUUUAAAUAAAGCUUCUGUUGAAUUUGAAUUUCUGAAACGAUAGACGGAGGACUGUGACGGCAAUUUACGAACUGAUAUUUGUUUUUGGGUUUCUUUUUUUUAAUAAUAUGUAAAGUGCAGUCGUCUGUUUUCCUGCAUAUUGUAUAUAUCUGUAUAUGUUUUAUUGAGUAACUAAAUAACAAUAAAUAUGACGUUAAAGGUG